AUGGAAAACCUACAGGCAAAUUUUUCCUUGGUUCAGGGCUCAAAUAAAAAACUGAACGGGAUGGGAGAUGAUGGCAGCCCUCCAGUGAAAAAAAUGAUGACAGACAUUCAUGCAAAUGGAAAAAUUAUGGUAAACAAGAUGCCAACUGUAAAGAAGGAACACUUGGACGACUAUGAAGCGCCAAUGGAAACUGAUGAAGAGCAUGUCAAGAGAACCUGCGCCUCUGUGCCUGAACCUUUACAUUUAAAUCCCAGUUUGAAACACACUUUGGCACAAUUCCAUUUAAGUAGCCAGAGCUCUCUGGGUGGACCAGCAGCAUUUUCCGCUCGGUAUUCCCAAGAAAGCAUGUCACCUACUGUAUUUCUGCCUCUUCCAUCUCCUCAGGUUCUUCCUGGUCCACUGCUCAUCCCUUCUGAUAGCUCCACAGAACUCACCCAGACUGUGUUGGAAGGGGAGUCUAUUUCUUGUUUUCAGGUUGGAGGAGAAAAGAGACUCUGUUUGCCCCAAGUCCUAAAUUCUGUUCUCCGAGAAUUUUCACUCCAACAAAUAAAUACAGUAUGUGAUGAAUUGUACAUCUAUUGUUCAAGGUGUACAUCAGACCAGCUUCAUAUCUUAAAGGUCCUGGGAAUACUUCCAUUCAAUGCCCCGUCCUGUGGGCUGAUCACAUUAACUGAUGCACAAAGACUGUGUAAUGCUUUAUUGCGGCCACGCACUUUUCCUCAAAAUGGUAGUAUACUUCCUGCUAAAAACUCAUUGGCCCAGUUGAAGGAAACUGGCAGUGCCUUUGAAGUGGAACAUGAAUGCUUAGGCAAAUGUCAGGGUUUAUUUGCACCCCAAUUUUAUGUUCAGCCAGAUGCCCCGUGUAUUCAGUGUCUGGAGUGCUGUGGAAUGUUUGCGCCCCAGACAUUUGUGAUGCAUUCUCACAGAUCACCCGACAAAAGGACUUGCCACUGGGGCUUUGAAUCAGCCAAAUGGCAUUGCUAUCUUCACGUGAACCAAAAAUACUUAGGGACACCUGAAGAAAAGAAACUGAAGGUAAUUUUAGAAGAAAUGAAGGAGAAAUUUAGCAUGAGAAAUGGGAAGAGGACUCAAUCCAAGACAGAUACACCACCAGGAAUGGAAUUACAGUCAUGGUAUCCAGUUAUAAAGCAGGAAGGUGACCAUGUUUCUCAGACACAUUCAUUUCUACACCCCAGCUACUAUUUAUACAUGUGUGAUAAAGUGGUUGCCCCAAAUGUGUCGCUUACUUCGGCUGUAUCCCAGCCUAAAGAGGUCACAAAGACAGAGGCAAGUAGAUCUAUAUCAAGACACUCAGAGAAGCCUCACAGUAGUGGGAAACAUCAAAAAAUAGUGUCUUAUCCAGAUGUUUCACUGGAGGAGCAGGAGAAAAUGGAUCUAAAAACAAGUAGAGAAUUAUACAGCUGCUUAGAUCCAUCAGUCUCGAAUAAUUCUACAAGCAAAAAGAAACCUGAGCCUACCACUUGCAACUUAGCCAGAGACACAAGCAAGGCAGGAAUUGACCAUGAUGCUGCAGCUUCAUCUCCACUUCUUGUCAAAGAUGUCAUUUGUGAGGAUGAUAAGGGAAAAAUCAUGGAAGAAGUAAUGAGAACUUAUGUAAAACAACAGGAAAAACUGAACUCAAUUUUGCAGAAGAAGCAACAACUUCAGAUGGAAGUUGAAAUGUUGAGUAGUUCAAAAGCUAUGAAGGAACUCACUGAAGAACAGCAGAAUUUACAGAAAGAGCUUGAAUCUUUGCAGAAUGAACAUGCUCAAAGAAUGGAAGAAUUUUAUGUUGAACAGAAAGACUUAGAGAAAAAAUUAGAGCAGGUAAUGAAGCAAAAAUGUACCUGUGACUCAAAUUUAGAGAAAGAUAAAGAGGCUGAAUAUGCAGCACAGCUGGCAGAACUGAGACAGAGAUUGGACCAUGCCGAGGCUGAUAGGCAAGAACUCCAGGAUGAACUCAGACAGGAACGAGAGGCAAGAGAGAAGUUAGAGAUGAUGAUAAAAGAGCUAAAGCUGCAAAUUUUGAAAUCAUCGAAGACUGCUAAAUAA